AUGGCGGUGUAAAUAAUCGUAAAUAAUCGUAAAAAACAUGUUGAUAAGUUUGUGUUCAUUUGAGAGCACGUAUAUUGAUAUACGUGCUCUGGUUGACGUAAUACAUCUUAUAGUAGAGCUGUAGAUGUUCGCUGCGUGAGGUAACCUAAAAUAAAGUGCAGUACUGUGAUAAUAAACACUGUGAUAUGUGUCUACUGCUGCUGUUCAUCAAUCCCAACCCCCGGCCAGGUCAAUAUCGGUUAAUAGUUGCCAGCAACAGAGAUGAGUUUUACGGCCGCCCAUCGAAAGCAGCACAUUGGUGGGAAUCACAUCCGGAUAUUCUAAGUGGCACUGAUCAAGAGAAAGGUAAAGAGGGAGGAACAUGGCUUGGAAUGCACAAAUGUGGCAAGAUGGGCUUCCUGUUGAACGUCACCGAAAAGGAUAAAAGCCAAGAUGCAAAAGGACGGGGCUCACUAGUUACCGACUUCCUCACAGGGGACGCCACCGUAGAUGAAUAUUUAAAGUCUGUAGCUCUGCAGGCUCGUGAUUAUGAUCCGUUCCAGUUGCUGCUGCUGGAAAAUUCCACGUUAGGUUGGAAUUGUUCCUACUUUCACAAGCUUCAUCAUACUGAUCCAGUCAGCUUAGAACCAGGUUCCUACUGUGUGUGCAACAGUCGUGAUCCAGCGAAACCUUGGAAGAAAGCUGAACAUGCGCUGUCAUCUUUCAGAGAGGUUGUCGAUGAGUACAACUCGAGCCAGCACCGCGCUGCCUUGAUCAGCUGCCUGCUGAACAUCUUACGAGAUGACACAAGCCAACUGCCUGACCCCAACUUCGAGUCGUGUCAGAGCAAGCAUGGAAUCAUGGACAUGCUAGCUCAGGAGAGACUAAGUGCGAUAUUUGUCAAGCUUCCUGUCUAUGGAACCAGGACUCACACGCUUAUCCUGGUGGAUCUGCGUAUGUAUUGUCGGAUCAUCUGGAUCAACGAAGUUCCGCUGGUGGACGAUGACAUCAUGCAUGUAAAUGUCAAGCAGGGCAAUAUCAGCGUAUGCGGCCCAGCCAUCUGA